AUGGAAAUGGAAAUUUUAUAUAAUUAUGACACUAUUAUAAUAGGAGGUGGUUUAUCAGGUUUGAACACUGCUUACGAUUUGAAAAAAAGUAAUUUUAAAAUUUUGGUUUUAGAAGCUAGAAAUAGAUUUGGUGGGAGAACAGAUUCUGUUAAAGUUGGAGAUGGAUGGGUAGAUGCUGGAGGUCAAUGGUUAGGAACUAAUAAUCCAAAUUUGAAACAACUUUGUAAAGAAUUAAAAUUGGAAACUUAUAAACAAUUUUAUCAAGGUAAAACAGUAUUUGAUAUUUAUGAUGAUGGUUUAAUAAAAUCAUUUGAUGAAUCAUCGCCAAAUUUUGAUUUGUGUGAAAUUGGAUUAGGAAAUAUAAAUCCAAUUAUUCGGGCAAUUAAAGAAGUAAUGAAAAAUAUUGAUUUUUCAAAAUGUUCAAAAGAAAGUCCAAUAAUGUUAUCAUUGGAGAAAUUAACAGUAUCAGAAUGGUUAAGAGUUUGUGGUUAUGGUGAAUCUGUUAAAUUUUUUAAUUGGUUUUGUAAAAUGUCAGUUGCAUCAAGCUCAGAUGAUAUUAGUAUAUUAUUCUUAUUAAAAUAUGUUAAUUCAAUUAAUGGUUUUGAAAGUUUAUUCAUAUCAGAUGACGACUGUACAGAAUCUGAUAGAAUCAUUGGUGGAAGUUCAAUGGUUUCAGAAAGAAUUGUAUCAUAUUUAAAAGAUGAUUGUAAAUUAAAUUGUGAAGUAACUUUAAUCGAUCAAAUUUCUCAUAAAAAUAGUAGACUAAUUAAAAUUACUACGUCAAAUAAUGAAAAUUAUUAUUGUAGAAAUGUAGUAUCAACGAUACCACCAAUGUUAUUGAAAAAUGUAAUUUUUAAACCAGAUUUACCAAUUGAGAAACAAAGAUUAAAAAAUGAAAUGGAGAUGGGGAAUACUAUAAAAGUAAUUGUAAUUUAUGAUAGUGUAUUUUGGAGAGAUCAAGGAUACAAUGGUAAAUCUCAGUCAUUUGUUGGCCCAAUCUAUCAAUCAUUUGAUAAUUGUACUAAUGACUUAUCGGUUAAAUCAAUCAUUGGUUUCAUUAAUGGAAAGGAGGAAAUAAAAUAUUGGUAUUCAAAAUCAUUGGAGGAGAGAAGAUCGGCUGUAUUAAAUCAAUACUCAAAAUAUUGGGGCCCAAAAGCAUUAAAUCCAAUACAUUACAUUGAAAGAAAUUGGAGUCUAGAUAAAUAUAGUGCUGGUUGCUUCAUGGGUGUUUGCAAAUCUGGUGACAUCAUCUCGCAAUGUAAUAAUUAUUAUACACAACCACAUGGUAACAUUCAUUGGGCUGGUACUGAAACAUCAACCCAAUGGUAUGGUCAUAUGGAAGGUGCCAUUACCUCAUCAAAAAGAGUAGUUAAUGAAAUUUUAAAAAAUUCUUUAAACUCAAAAUCAAAAUUGUAA